GAGCGAGCAAGGGAGAGCCGUGUGAGCUUGUUCCUUCUUGUCGCAUUGAGGUCUUCUCUGUCAAGUUCAGUUGCCAUUUGUACACAUCAAUAGCAGACCAGCGUCAUGGCUGAUUUGUCUUCCGUACAAGAAGUCCGCGAUGUGACCAAGGUCGACCGCAUUGGUGCCCAUUCGCACAUUCGUGGUCUGGGUCUGGAUGACUCUUUGGAGCCCCGUAAGGUGUCACAGGGCAUGGUCGGACAGGCUCAGGCUCGCCGCGCUGCUGGUGUCAUCCUUGAGAUGAUUAAGGAGGGCAAGAUUGCUGGUCGCGCCAUUCUUCUGGCCGGUCAGCCCGGUACGGGCAAGACUGCCAUCGCACAAGCCAUCUCCAAGGCUAUGGAUAAGGACGUGCCUUUUACCAUGCUGGCUGGUAGUGAGCUCUAUUCUCACGAGCUCAGCAAGUCAGAGGCGCUCACCCAGGCCUUUCGCCGCAGCAUUGGUGUGCGUAUCAAGGAGGAGACAGAGCUCAUUGAGGGCGAGGUGGUAGAACUGGUGGUUGACCGCCCCGCCACUGGUUCGGGGCAAAAGGUUGGCCAGCUGACCCUUAAGACCACGGAGAUGGAGACCGUCUACGACCUGGGCGGCAAGAUGAUUGAUAGCCUGAUCAAGCAAAAGGUUGCGGCCGGUGACGUGGUCACUAUUGACAAAGCCGCCGGGAAGGUCACGGUUAUCGGCCGCUCCUUUGCUCGUGCGCGCGACUUUGACGCCAUGGGUCCUCAGACAAAGUUUGUGCAAACGCCCGAAGGCGACAUCCAGAAGCGAAAGGAGGUCGUGCACACCGUCAGCCUACAUGAGAUUGAUGUCAUUAACAGCCGCUCGCAAGGCUUUUUGGCUCUCUUCUCGGGUGACACUGGUGAGAUCAAGCCCGAGGUUCGCGAGCAGAUCAACGUCAAGGUUGCCGAGUGGCGUGAGGAGGGCAAAGCUGACAUUGUGCCCGGCGUUCUCUUUAUUGAUGAGGUUCACAUGUUGGACAUUGAGUGCUUUGCCUUCCUCAAUCGGGCUCUUGAAAACACGAUGGCCCCCGUCCUGAUCAUGGCCACCAACCGCGGCAUCACCAACAUCCGUGGCACUCAUUACAAGAGUCCGCAUGGCAUCCCUCUUGAUCUUCUGGAUCGUACCCUGAUUGUGCCCACAACCGAGUACAGCCAGGACGAGCUGACACAAAUCCUCAAGAUUCGAUGCGAGGAAGAGGACGUAGAGAUGACCGACGAAGCGCUCACGCUCCUGACCAGCAUCGCUAAGCAAACUUCUCUCCGUUACUCCAUCCAACUGAUCACUGCCGCAAAUCUUGUGUGCCGCAAGCGCAAGGGGACCGAGGUGGAGAAGAGCGACCUGCGCCAAGUAUACUCGCUUUUCCAGGAUUUGGAGCGCUCUGUGGCUUUCUUGAAGGAAUAUCAGCAACAGUUCCUGUUUGAUGAGGGUGAUGGCUCAGCCUUGGCCGCUGCGUCCGCUGCCGCCACCUCUGGCGCGGCCAACGCUGCGACUUCGAACGCCUCGGCUACGACCAGCAGCGGUCCCACUGCCAUGGAGGACGAUGAUGAUGACUUGUAAAGUAAAAGACUUGCCUUUCAAAACCCUUCUUAGCAUGGUAACCUCGGCGCCGAGCCUUGUGGUACCUGCUUGAGUUUGGGUAUGCAAAAACAGGUACCACCGACCCACUGCCCAAUACAAACACACAUUUUUGCAGCCAUGGAAAUCCCAAGAAAAGAAGUACUUGGAAAAAAAAAAAAA